AUGAGACGAUUCAUACCCAGAUUAGUCUUCAACCUUGCUAUCAUGGCUAUGGUGCUGUGCUUUGAUGUUACAGGACAACCCAUCACUUGCAAGAGCAAAGCGGCGUUACAGGUCUUCAACAAGGGAAUAACAGAGUAUGUGUUUCUCAGAGACCCUUUCUACCAUCUGUUUGAAGAAGCUCUUCGCCUUGAGGAUAAUGAACUCGUCAUUGUCCAUUCUCUACUGAUCAUACUUCAUCUGAUAAACUUGAAGCCCCCUGACACACCUGCUGUAUCACCUCACCUUGAUGCUGUGAAUGCUGCUACCAAUAGUGAAAGACUUUGCGAGAGGGAGAGGGCGUACAUGAGGUCUGCUAUUGGCCUUGCCUCUGGAGACCCUGAUAAAGCUACUGAGGAGCUUUGUCGUAUGCUCCUAACCCAUCCCAGAGAUAUUCUGGCCCUUCGUUUGGCUGCGGACAUCUUUGGAGCAUUUGGAGAGCAUCGGAAGAGUCGAGAUGCGUGUGCAAGAGCCAUGCCUUUCUGGACUGAGGACAUGCCUCUCUACCCUGGCCUUCUGGCAAACUACGGGUUUGCACUAGAAGAGAGCAAGGAGCGAGAGAGAGGAGCAGAACUGUGCAGAAAGGCACUCUCAAUGGAACAAAGAUUGCCCUUCGCUACCCAUGGCCUAGUUCAUGUUUACGAGGAGCUAUGUGAUCCGAGAGAGGGUGUUGAGUUCCUUGUUCGGACACGAUCUGAUUGGUCAGGACAAUUUGCAGGACAUAUCACAUGGCAUCUUAUACUCUACUAUCUUGAUCUUGGUGACUUAGAGAGUGUGUUCCGAGAAUAUGAUGCUGUGUUGCAAGUCAAAGCAGUCAAGGAGAAUGUCAAAGGUCUGCUUGAUGCCUCGUCAUUACUUUGGCGUCUGGAGAUGUCGGGUGUAGCUGUUGGAGAAAAGAGAUGGGAGACAGUGACUGAAGGGAUGAAACAUCACAUCCAAAAUCACAGAUCACCAUGGUUCUGUGCUCACAUUAUGUUCAGCUUAGCUCGAGGUAAGGUGACAGAGUCAGCCGCCAGACUGUCCCUUGCUCAUGAGAUGAUCAGGUCCAUGGAAAAUUACUCUUCAUCAGAAAUUGGUGGAAUACCAAACCAACAAGUUACCGAACGACUUGGUGUACCAGUUUGUACAGCUCUACUAGCAUAUGGAGAAGAGAAGUACGAGGAGGUGCUACAAAUCAUGCUGCCACUGAGGCACGAGUUUAUACGGUUUGGUGGUAGCUGGUCCCAGAGACAGGUGUUCAAUGUCACUAUGAUUCAGGCAGCUGUUAAAGCUAACAAUGGGGCAGUUGCUACUGGACUAGUUGCUGAAAUGAUGGGUCACAAGCCAUGCAAUCCCAAAUAUCAGGAAUUGCUAAAACAAUUGAAGAAGCAAAUCACAAGCAUAAACUUGCAUGCAGAUUUAUAGCUAGUGUAUUUUCUUCUUCAUUCUGUAUAGAUUAUUAUACAGUAUUUGCUGUACGUGCAUGUUGUUGUAUACGCCUUUGUCAAGUUCUGUGCAGUGUUGGUGUUGCCAUUA